AUAAGUUACUUUAUCCUGCUCUUUUUGUUUGCCGAUUGUGGUAUAAAUGUGCUGUUCCUAGCUUAUGGAAAUACAUUGAACUAAAGGGGAAUGAUCUGAAAUAUGGUCAUUAUUUCCCAGAUGGUUAUACUUAUCAUGAGAAAGAUCGUACUCAAUGGAAAAGAUUUAUAAAAAUAAUGAAUGAAAAGCGUAAGCCAGCUUGUGUCUUGAAUGUAACUCAUCUAGAAAUUACUUAUUACCAUUCACUAUUGGAUACUUUUCCAAAUAUAAUUCAUUUAGAUUUCAAAGAUAGCGUAGGUUUUAGCGAUAAAGCGUUAUCUAUAAUAGCAGAAGCAUAUCCUAAUUUGAGAUAUCUCAAUCUGUGGGACGCUCAAGCAAUAUCCGAUAAAGGCUUAUGUGCAAUUGUACGAUCAUGUAAAUUAGAACAUCUAAAUAUUUCGUACUGCAGAAAUAUUACUGAUAAAUCUUUGUUUGAAAUCGCAGAAAAUUGUCAUGAUUUGCAAGAGUUCCAUUUUGCUGAAGCAUAUUGGAUCACAGAUAAAUCUAUAUGUUGCAUCAUAAACUUGUGCCCAAAUUUACGAAAUCUUGAUAUUGCAUUUAGCAAGAGAAAAAUCAAAGAUGCUAGUAUGUUAAUACAGAGAUGUUUUAGUAUAGAGUUUCUUGUCUUUAGUAGUGUCAUGGCUUUUCGUAAUGAUGCAUUAAUUGUAGCAAUCAUCAGGGCAUCUCCAAAUUUAAGACAUCUAGAGAUUGGUAGUAAUGAUAUUGGUGAUGAGAUUACUGAAGCGCUGGCCCAUACAUGUUAUAAAUUAGAAUAUCUCGAUCUAAGUUGCUGUUCAUUUGUUAGCGAACCAUCAAUUUGUAAUGUUAUUCAUUCCUGCCCGAAACUCCAGCAUCUCAGCCUUAGCUUUUGUAAAAUUUCUAAUAUAACUAUUAAAGAAAUUGCUCGUUCAUGUCUCCGUUUAAACUUUCUAGAUUUGGAAAAGUGUAAAAAUAUUAGCAAAAAAAACAUAGAUCAGUUAAAUCCAAAUAUUCACAUAGAAAAUUUUGAUGAAGAUUACUACUGUUUUGAUUCAGAAUUUUCUAGCUCUAAAACUGAAUCAAAGUCCGAAUCAUCUAGUUCUGAGUCAGAGGAUGAAGUUAUCUAUUAUAAUAAUCUUCCUCAUCCGAUGAUUACGGACUCACCCGAUAGCCCGAAUAAUUUUAUUAGCACAUUUAGUGAUUUUCUUAGACAGAAUGGUAGUGCUAAUAAUAAUUUUAUUUCUGCAUUUCUCAAUCAGGAAUUAGCACAAUGCUCUUUGGCCGAGCAAUGGUACUCUACCAAUCUAACUAAUCCAACACUCUGGAGUGGAGAUAAUAAUCUCGAAAAAACCAUCUUAGCAUUAAGUAAUGAGCUUCAAAGAAUGCGUACAGAAGCUGAAUGGAGAAACGAAACAGCAUCUCAAGCAGGAUCUAAUCGAUUCUCUUCCACAAGUCAUGUUUCCAUGGGAUAUUAUUCCGAAUAUACGGAUGAAUAUGAAACUUAUUGGGUCGAAUUUACGGCUCUUUUUAAUAAUAGGAGGAAAAAAGAAGGUCGUUCUCCAACACAAUUAUUCAAUAUUUUAUCGAUCGAAAUUGGUCUUAGUGCUAGCACAUUAGCUAGCUUUUAUCGACAUCAAAAAUCGCCAAGAAAAACUUCUAUAGAUAAAAUUAUCGAAUGA